GGCGGUGGAGGGGGGGGGAUGAACUACUGUUUGCAUUGACUCAGACACACAGAUGCAAGCUCCGCUAGGAAAGAGGAGUACCGUUUUUGUUGUAGUUUUGUUCAUUUUUAAUUGCCUCGGACCAGUCAUUCUGUUGAUGAAAAGGGAUAAAGAGAGAGGAUAAAGUGAGGAGCAGGAGCGUGCUCAGUGAGGUCGAGAAGAAAGCGUGAUGGCGGUCUUCACUCAACUGGGUUUACUGCUUUGGAAGAACUUCACCUACCGAAGAAGACAGACUAUUCAGCUGCUGAUUGAGAUUAUCUGGCCCCUCUUCAUCUUCUUCAUCCUCAUCUCAGUUCGAAUACACUAUCCACCGUAUGAGCAACAUGAAUGUCAUUUCCCAAACAAGGCCAUGCCUUCAGCAGGCACUCUGCCCUGGGUACAAGGAAUCAUUUGCAACGCCAACAACCCCUGCUUCCGAAACCCAACCCCUGGAGAGAGUCCAGGGGUUGUAGGCAACUUCAACGAUUCUAUAAUCUCUCGACUAUUUAUUGAUGCCAAGAAGGUCCUGCUGUACACCCAGAACGAUAAGAGCUACGAGGGCUACCAAGGGCUGCUGAGGGCCCUCCAUAAGAUGCAGAAGAACACUGCCCGUUUCAAACUGAAGGACUUUUUAAGGGACAACGAAACCCUCUCCCACUUCUUGCAUCACAACGCCUCACUUCCUCGCCACGCGUUAAAGCAGAUAGUGGAGGCUAAUGUCAAUCUGGAAAAGGUUCUGACGAAAGGAUUUGGCUUUCAUCUCAGAGACCUGUGUAACAUAACGCCUCUGGAGGAGUUUGUGCAUAUUGCUGAUCGCAAUGUUUCCCGUCUGACGCAAGAAAUCAUCUGCAAGUCCUCCAGGGACUGGCUGAACAAGGCCCAGAGUCAUUUCCUCUCCAACUUGGACUUCCUCAAGCCAAUUCGGAAGGAUGUAAAGUCUGAUCCCAAAGUUGUUCAGGAAGUCUCAGCUGCCACCGACUACCUUCUGGAGAGCCUGGGAGAGCUGGCCGUGGAGCUUGCCAGCAUGAAGAGUUGGAAAGAUCUGCGAAAGGAGAUCCUUUAUCUCACUGCAAAUGCCACGGGCUCUCCGAAUCAGAUGUACCAGGCUGUGUCACGUAUUGUCUGUGGCCACCCAGAAGGAGGCGGCCUCAAAAUCAAGUCUCUCAAUUGGUACGAGGAUAACAACUACAAAGCACUAUUUGGAAACCAUGGCAACGGCAGCGACAGCGAGCCCCUCUCUACCUAUGACAACACAUCCACUCCUUAUUGCAACACCAUGAUGCGGAGACUGGAGUCGAGCCCCAUUUCCAGGAUGAUCUGGAGAGCGCUGAAACCUCUGCUGGUGGGAAAGAUCCUGUACACCCCAGAUACUCCGGCCACACAGAGGAUAAUCCACGAGGUAAACAAGACCUUCCAGGAGCUCGGCCUGUUGAGGGACCUUGGUGGGAUGUGGGACGAGGUGAAGCCCAAAGUGUGGAACUUCAUGGAGAACAGUGAAGAAAUGGACUUGGUCAGGACGCUGCUCCAAAAUAACGCCAGUGCCACUUUCUUGAACACCCAACUCAGUGGGACUGAGUGGCAAGUGUCCGAUGUGUCGCACUUCCUUUCCAAAUCUUCAGCUGAGCCAAGAGCAGCAGGAUCAGCAUACACCUGGAGGGAUGUCUUCAAUGAAACUGACCAGGCCAUACAGACCAUCACCCGCUUCAUGGAGUGUGUGAACCUGGACAAACUGGAGCCAGUAGCAAACGAAGAGCGCAUGGUCAACAAAUCUAUGGAUCUCCUUGACAACCAGAAGUUCUGGGCAGGGAUUGUGUUCCCUGACAUCACCCAUAGCAACAGCUCUGACUUGCCUCCCAACGUCAAUUACAAAAUCCGCAUGGACAUUGAUAAUGUUGAGAGGACCAACAAGAUCAAGGAUGGCUACUGGGACCCCGGUCCCAGGGCAGACCCUUUUGAGGACUUGCGGUACAUCUGGGGCGGAUUCUCCUACCUGCAGGAUGUGAUUGAACAGGGAAUCAUCCGAGCUGUGACAGGCACCAAGGAAAAAACUGGCAUCUACAUUCAGCAGAUGCCUUACCCCUGCUACGUAGACGACAUUUUCUUGCGGGUGAUGAGUCGAUCAAUGCCUCUUUUCAUGACGUUGGCAUGGAUGUACUCGGUGGCCAUCAUCAUCAAGGGAGUGGUCUACGAGAAGGAGGCCCGGCUGAAGGAGACCAUGAGGAUCAUGGGACUGAACAACGGCAUCUUGUGGCUCAGCUGGUUCAUCAGCAGUUUGAUUCCAUUGCUGAUCAGCGCCAGCUUAUUGGUCAUGUUGUUGAAGAUCGGCAACCUGCUGCCUUACAGCGACUCAGGCGUGGUCUUUCUUUUCCUGAGCUCCUUCGGCGUGGUAACCAUCAUGCAGUGCUUCCUUAUCAGCACAUUGUUCUCUCGUGCCAACUUGGCAGCUGCCUGUGGUGGAAUAAUCUAUUUCACCCUCUACCUGCCCUACGUGCUGUGUGUUGCCUGGCAAGACUACGUGGGAUAUGGAGCAAAACUUGUUGUGAGCCUGCUGUCUCCUGUAGCUUUUGGAUUUGGCUGUGAGUACUUGUCCCUGUUUGAGGAGCAAGGUGUGGGAAUCCAGUGGUCCAACUUGCUGGCGAGCCCCCUGGAGGAGGACAGCUACAACCUGACCACCUCCAUCUGUCUCAUGCUCUUUGAUGCUGUGCUCUAUGGAGUAAUGACAUGGUACAUAGAAGCUGUGUUCCCUGGCCAAUACGGAAUCCCCAGGCCUUGGUAUUUCCCUUUCACUAAGACAUACUGGUGUGGCGAGAAGCAGAACAAGAACAUCUCGACUCCUCUGUCCAAGAAAGGCAACGCUGAUGCCGUGUGCAUAGAGGAGGAGCCAAGCCACAUAGAUCCAGGUGUUUACAUUGAGAAUCUGGUGAAAGUCUACAGUCACGGAAACAAGCUGGCAGUGGAUGGUCUCUCCCUGAGAUUCUAUGAAGGGCAGAUCACCUCCUUCCUGGGUCACAAUGGAGCUGGCAAGACCACAACAAUGUCAAUCCUAACAGGGUUGUUCCCGCCCACUUCAGGAACGGCCUACAUCCUAGGCAAAGAUAUUCGCUCGGAGCUCAGUACCAUCAGGCAGAAUCUGGGUGUCUGCCCACAACACAAUGUGCUUUUCAGCAUGCUGACUGUGGAAGAGCACAUCUGGUUCUAUGCUCGCCUGAAGGGACUGCCAGAGGAUAUUGUGAAGGCCGAGAUGGAACAAAUUGUCAAUGAUGUCGGAUUGCCUCAUAAGCGACAGUCACGCAGCAGCACACUUUCUGGUGGGAUGCAGCGGAAACUGUCAGUAGCCUUGGCUUUUGUUGGGGGCUCAAAGGUUGUGAUCUUGGAUGAACCCACUGCUGGUGUUGACCCUUAUGCACGGAGGGGCAUCUGGGACCUGCUUCUUAAAUACCGACAAGGCCGCACCAUCAUCCUGUCCACCCAUCACAUGGAUGAGGCUGACAUCCUGGGUGACCGCAUCGCCAUCAUCUCCCACGGCAAGCUAUGCUGUGUCGGGUCCUCGCUCUUCCUAAAGACCCAACUGGGCACCGGCUACUACCUGACCUUGGUCAAGAGAGACUACGAUCUGGCACUUCAGUCCUGCAGGAAUUCUGCAAGCACUGUCUCUUACAGCAAGAAAGCUGAGAAGGAGGAUAGUGUGUCUGAGAGCAGUUCUGAUGCAGGCCUUGGCAGUGAACCAGAAAGUGAAACUACCACCAUCGAUGUUUCCCUCAUCUCCAACGUGAUUUUCAAGCAUGUCUCAGAGGCUCGCCUGGUGGAGGACCUCGGACACGAGCUCACCUAUAUCCUGCCCUAUCAUUCCGCUAAAGAUGGAGCCUUUGUGGAGCUCUUCCACGAGCUUGAUGACCGUCUCACCUACCUGGGAAUAUCAAGCUAUGGAAUAUCAGACACCACCCUAGAGGAGAUUUUCUUGAAAGUUGCUGAGGACAGUGGAGUUGAUUCUGUGGAACUUUCAGAUGGAGUGGUGCCUACGAGGACACGGCGCCGCCAUGCAUUUGGAGACCAUCAGAGCUGCUUGAAGCCCUUCACCGAAGAUGACUUUGAUUUCAAUGACUCUGAAGAGUCCCGUGAGACUGACUGGCUCAGUGGCAGUGAUGGCAAAGGCUCAUACCAGGUCAAAGGCUGGAGUCUGAAGCGACAGCAGUUUGUGGCACUACUCUGGAAAAGAUUCCUCUAUGCUCGGCGUUCAAGGAAAGGCUUUUUUGCACAGAUUGUCCUCCCAGCUGUGUUUGUGUGUAUUGCACUGGUGUUCAGCUUAAUUGUUCCUCCAUUUGGAAAGUACCCCAGCCUGGCUCUGCAUCCCAGCAUGUAUGGAGAGCAGUUUACCUUUGUCAGUAAUGACAUACCCGAGGACCCUCAUACCAACAAACUACUGGGAGCUUUAACAGACAAACCAGGAUUGAGAACACGCUGCAUAGAAGGAGAAUCCAUUUUGGACACUUCGUGUGCCUCCGUGGAGGAUGAGUGGUGGGUUCCGCAAGUAGCUCAAAGUGUGAAGGACAUGUUCGACAACGGCAACUGGUCCAUGGAGAAUCCAUCGCCUCUGUGCGAGUGCAGCUGCGAGGGGCGCAAAAGGAUGCUGCCUGAAUGUCCAGCUGGUGCAGGGGGCCUUCCACCUCCACAGAUGAAGCUCAGCGACAAAGAGACUCUUCAGAAUUUGACAGGGAAAAAUGUGUCAGAUUAUCUGGUGAAGACCUAUGCUCAGAUUAUUGGCAAAAGCCUGAAGAACAAGAUUUGGGUCAACGAGUUUAGAUAUGGUGGCUUCUCACUUGGUGCCAGGGCCUCUCAGCUUCCAGCCCAGAGAGACGAGAUCAAUGAGGCAAUUGCUCAAGUGCGCCGGCGCUUCCGUCUGGAAAGGGGAGCUGCAGCAGAUCGGUUCUUCCGCAGUCUCUCCAACUUCAUUCAAGGAUUAGACACCAAUAAUAAUGUCAAGAUCUGGUUCAACAACAAGGGCUGGCACAGUAUUGGCUCUUUUCUGAAUGUGAUGAACAAUGGCAUCCUUCGAGCAAGUCUGCCACCUGGAGAAGACCCCGCCAAAUUUGGUAUCGCUGCCUAUAAUCAUCCCCUCAACCUCACCAAGGAGCAGCUGUCACAAGUUGCCUUAAUGACGACAUCGGUGGAUGUGCUGGUGUCCAUCUGCGUGAUAUUCGCCAUGUCCUUUGUACCUGCCAGCUUUGUUGUCUUCCUCAUCCAAGAGAGGGUGAACAAAGCCAAACACUUGCAGUUUAUCAGCGGAGUACAACCUUUCCUCUACUGGCUGGCCAACUUUGUUUGGGACAUGUGUAACUACAUUGUCCCCGCCACAUUGGUUAUCAUCAUUUUCAUCUGCUUCCAACAAGAUGCUUACGUCUCCUCCACCAACCUGCCUGUGCUGGCCUUGCUGCUGCUGCUGUAUGGAUGGUCGAUUACACCUCUCAUGUACCCAGCCUCAUUCUUCUUUAAGAUACCCAGCACGGCCUACGUGGUUCUGACCAGUGUCAACAUACUGAUUGGAAUAAAUGGCAGCGUGUCCACGUUUGUACUGGAGCUGUUUGGAGGCAAUGAGAUUGGUGGGAUCAAUGACAUCCUGAAGAACGUAUUCCUCAUCUUCCCUCACUUCUGUCUGGGGCGAGGAUUGAUCGACAUGGUGAAGAAUCAAGCAAUGGCUGAUGCUUUGGAGAGAUUUGGGGAAAACCGUUUCCGUUCCCCUCUGGCCUGGGACAUGGUGGGAAAGAACCUCUUUGCAAUGGCCAUCGAGGGAGUCAUCUUCUUCAGCAUCACCGUCCUUAUCCAGUAUCGUUUCUUUAUCAAGGCCAGGUCAUCAUCCAGUCACCUGAAGCCAAUUGGAGAAGAGGAUGAAGAUGUGGCCAGAGAACGACAGAGAAUCCUCAGUGGAGCAGGACAAACGGACAUUUUGGCGCUUCGUCAGCUCACUAAGAUAUAUAAGCGGAAACAGAAGCCUGCCGUGGACCGGCUCUGUGUUGGCAUUCCUCCAGGCGAGUGUUUUGGUUUGCUGGGAGUCAAUGGAGCAGGGAAAACUAGUACGUUCAAAAUGCUGACAGGUGAUUCAGUGGUUACCAGUGGAGAGGCCUACCUGGCAGGCAAGAGUGUAACGACAGAAAUAGAUGAGGUGCAUCAGAACAUGGGCUACUGUCCGCAGUUCGAUGCCAUCAAUGACCUGCUGACGGGACGAGAGCAUCUUGAGUUCUACGCCAUUCUCAGAGGUGUUCCUGAGAAGGAAGUGUGUGAGGUGGCAGAAUGGGGCAUUCGCAAGUUGGGUUUGGUCAAGUAUGUUGACAAAUCAGCAGGUAGCUACAGUGGAGGCAACAUGAGAAAACUGUCCACUGCCAUCGCUCUCAUAGCAGGACCACCUGUUGUUUUCCUGGAUGAACCUACAACAGGCAUGGACCCGAAAGCACGGCGUGCCCUGUGGAACGCCAUACUGAGCAUCAUCAAAGAGGGACGAUCUGUUGUCCUGACCUCACACAGCAUGGAGGAGUGUGAAGCACUUUGCACCAGGAUGGCCAUUAUGGUCAAUGGCAGGUUCCGCUGUCUGGGGAGUGUACAGCACCUGAAGAGCAGGUUCGGAGAUGGUUACACCAUCAUCCUGAGGGUGGCCGGACCGGAUCCAGACCUCAGGCCGGUGAUGGAUUUCAUCGAGCGGGAACUUCCCGGCAGUACACUGAAAGAGAAGCACCGCAACAUGCUUCAGUACCAGCUACCCUCCUCCCUCACCUCCCUCGCACGCAUCUUCUCCCUGCUGGCCACCAACAAGGAGGCACUCAGGAUAGAAGACUACUCUGUCUCUCAGACCACACUAGACCAAGUGUUUGUAAAUUUUGCCAAGGACCAAAGUGACGAGGACCACUUGAAAGACAUCCACCUGAGCAAACGAGACGCGGUGGUCAUGGACAUUUCCCAGCUCAACUCUUUCCUCAUGGACAACAAGACCAGGGAGAGCUGUGUCUGAUUCCUCCAUGCCACCAGUGGAUGUCGCUACAAGUCACUCGUGACUUCCACCACAGAUAAUCUGUACCACACAAUCUGAAGCGGGAGACACGCUAUGUUCACUUUAUUUUGUUCUCAUUUGUGGUCUUUUUUUAAAUUUUAAUUGUCUCAGUGGACCUGCUGUUAAGCGCACAGCCUCUGAAGAUAUGACGAGGCAGAGACUGCAGGUUUGUGAAACACUGAAUUCAAUGCGAAUCAAUGCAAGAAAUCUAUAUAUUUAAAACGAGAGCAUACUUGAGUGGGGGUUGGAGACUGGUGCUUCUCCUUCACAAUGGACACUUGAAGUGGGGUUGUCAUGCUUUGUUUGACUGAAAAAGUAGCCGUGCUACUCUCUCAGAGGAUGUCUAAUUGAAAGCCCAUUCCAAAAAGUAGCAAGCUACUUUGGAAAACAAAAGAAGAAUGUUCCGAUCAUUCACUGCCAACUGCAAAAGGAGUUAAAGGACUUUAAAAAAACUUAUUCAGGGUCAAAUCUCUUCGUUACCGGGAGCAGUUUUAUAAUACAGAAUGUCGCUCAAACAGUCCAACACACUUCAAGGGAGGAACACGAAAUUUUGUGACACUUUUUUCUAAUUUAAUUAGAUAAGUCGUAACUUUGUUGUACUUUCCUUUGAAUAACAGUUGAUGGAUAACAUUGUAUUUUUUAUUUUUUGUUCCUCAUGUCAUGACUUAGUUCAUCACAGUGCCUAUUGUAUAUGGUGAAGGGGGAGGUCAUGUGAGCACUCCAUUAACAACAACAGCAGCAUCUACAUUGGCUGGAAAGGGAUGCACGUGUAGGGAUGUAUAAGACCAUUUGCCAAUGCACAAAAAAGAGCGAGGAGAAAAAGAAAAAAGAGCCCUACCUUGUUAAAAACAAGAACAAAAAAAAAGAUGUUUCUUGAUGUUGAUACAAAAUGCUACAAUGUUAUCUUUUUACUAGCCCCCGCCAACUUGGACUUCCUUAAGUGAAAGCUGAAGGUGGAUGAACAAUAUGGACUGUGAGAUGUUGAAGAGGAAUAUUGCAUGCUCUCCUUCGCUUGGACGUACACUCGUGGAGUAUCAGCACUAUAUUGUGGGUGUGGCGAAGCUUGCAGACUGCUUCGUUGUUGGAUUUUUGGAACAUCUUGCACACGAGGGUACGGAAUCCAAAUGAGGAACCUGAUUAGUGCAAUGGGGAAAAGUCAAAAAGUAGGACUCAUACAUGCUAGGUGACAGUUGUUCUUCCUCUGCUUUCCUUGUGAUGGAACUAAAUACGGUCAAUGUUAUGUACAGUAGAAUUGGUGUGACGGUCACACAAAAAUAAGUAACAGUUUUGUGCCAAAUUAAGUUUAAUGUAUCAACCAGUAGAAUGUUGAUGAGGCAACUGUUUUGUACAAUAUAAGGCUGUGCUUUCAUGUCACUUCAUUUUCCAUUAGGUCAAUUCAAGCAAAUUAUCGUGCAAAAUAUUUUACUCUAUAAUGAAAAGUUGCCAAACUCAAAUAUUAACUGUGCUGCCAUGACUGGACUCAAUCAGGGACCACUGCAAUAGAAUUAGUGUUCUGACCAAAUACAUACAAUUAGAACCAUGAUUGAAAUUGAAAACUGGUGCUCAAUAUUCAGUAACAUUUUAGAAAGGGUUUCUGAACAGCUCUGGAAUCGUUAGAAAGCUGUUGUGGACCCCCAGUAUAGCUUAAAGACAUUGACCAGAACACCAAAAGAGAAAUGCACUGCAUAAGCACAUCAAAACCUAAUUUUGAAAGGUGAUCUUAGAAAUGAGUGCUUGACAGAAAAAGUCAAAUUGUGAUCAGUGAAAUCGAGAGAUAGUGAUAAAGUGGUGAUUUUUUUUCCCCUGUUUUGCUCAAUAUUACUAUUCGUUUACAUUUUUUUCAAGUAUUAAACAACAGCUGUUUGAGUCUGUUACCCAUUGUGUGCAGUAACUCUUAAAAUAAAGUUCAUACAUUGUGGAGAAAAAAAAGACCUUUUUUUGGAGGGUGAGGGGUGGAGGGCUGGGGGAUUACAACGUAAAUUGUGUAGGAUGAACUUGUCUAUUGUCAUAUGUGGAAUUUGACUUGGAUUUGUAUUUUCAUCACAGUAAAAUGCUCACACACGCCAUAUUCAUAUGGCUUUGUUUUACAAAAUAUUCUAUUCAUGCCAUUUUUUAUAUCCUUUAUUGGGAAAGAUGUAGUAAUUACAAAUAAUAAUUCCAGACUGUUAAUUCUAAACUAAACCUAAUAUACACAUUGGAUGUGUUAUUCCCUUGUAAGUCUUUUACUUAAAACUGUAAAUUUCACAUUAGUCUUCUGAUAGGAGUGAUUAGAAUUUAUAAUGUAUACAGUCAAAACCUCCAAUAGGCCUCUAAACAACGUCAAUUCAAGCUCCAGUGAGAGGGAGACUUGUUUGGUACACGGUCCCAUCACAGCUGGUCCUGAUGAGUGCACAUUUGGCAAAAGCAUCAAUUUGGCUGUGCUGAAUGUGCGCCCUUCCCAAAACAAAACAUUCAUCAUAAAUGACCUGGUCAUUGACAGUAAACUAGAUAUUAUAUUACUAACAGAGACAUGGCUUGGCACUGAUGCAUCAAUUGUUAUCACCGAGGCCAGCCCACCAAAUUGUAGAUUUUUAUUCUUUACAAGUUGGGUUAGGAUGGGAGAGGCAGUACUGCAUCACUCAAGGAAACACUUCACCCAAAUGAGAUACAUUUUUGUUUUGUUUGUUUUUUUUUUUUUACACCUAUACAUCAUUUUGAUUACCAUACCUUUGUUUUUAGCAGCCCGUGUUUAUUACUGUGUGUAUUUUAACAUCGCCGGUGUUAAUACUCGGAAGGCUCCGGUGAUGAAACAUUACCGGUCGUCUGAAGUGGCUAAACAUUUUAUUGAGAUUUUACAGAGCACUCCUGCUGACAUUCUUCCUGCUCCCUGCGAUUUUACUGUUGAUAAUUUUAACACAAAACUAAAGUCAACUUUGGACUCAGUCGUUCCCCUUUUAUCAAAAAUAAUACAACUAAAACGCACGCUAUCGUGGAUAGUGGCUAACGAAAUCAAAAAAUUAAAAUGUAAUUGCAUGCAGGGCCGGCUAGGGCGCCGUCCUCUGGAGGGGCGCACAGUCAGCGCCCUCCUCCUCGGGAAAAAUAUUUUAAUAAAAUCAUCAAAUAAUUUGUGACGUCUACUUUGCAUUUCUGUCUUGAAAACAACAAAUAAAAUGACAAAAUAAACUCAAUUAGCUGUGUUUGUCACUUGUCAAGCCACGUCACAUGACGUGGGGGCGCAACUCAAGUCAGCGAACGAGACUGCGGUCAAGGCAGCCUCCACUCGAAAAGUAUCAGUCAAGCCAGCCGCCCCUAAUUUUGUUGAUACGAAGCAUUACGGUAAUAGGUCGCCAACUCGCGGCGAAAGCCACCUUCAAAAUAAAAGCUUCCAAAUAAUACAGACGAAAGUGCUCUUCGGUUAAGGAAUGCAACUAGCAAAGUUAAUUUGAAUCUUGAGAUACAUUACAUACAUACAUACAUUAAACAAUUACUUUAUUUGAUAUCUUAGGAAAAAUAAAUGGCAAUGGACAACACUUAUAUAGCGCUUUAUCUACAUCAUCACAGUGGCCAAAGCGCUUUACAAAGACUCAUAUUCACACACGCAUUCAUUAACCAAUGGGCGACUGCUGCCAUGCAAGGCGCUGCCAUGCCCACUGGGAGCAAAUUAGGGUUCAGUGUCUUGCCCAAGGAAACUUCGACAUGCGGACAGUCGUAGCAGGGAUUCGAACCUGUUCUACCGACUGAGCCAAAGCUACCCCAACAUAAUCCCAUUGGUAUCGCAAGACAAGUCCAGAUCUGUGUGACAGACCACCAAGGACUCCAUGAAGAGGUUUGAUGAAGAUCUGAUAUUGUAUUUCAAAAUAAAAAUCUCUGAAAAAUGCA